UGGGCAUGUGGAGGUUCUGUUUCGCUCGAGUCCUCACAAGUUUUGCUAGGGAUGGCGUUUGCUUCUGGUUUCCGUCGCGUUCUCAGUUGUCAGUCGACGCCUUCGUCUCUUCAGCGUUGGAGUUUUACUCCAAUACAUCUGUACACUUCCUUGACCACUCCAAAGCUCUUCGUCAGCGGUCUUGCAAGGCUUACCACAGAUGAAAAGCUGAAAGAGGCAUUCUCUCCAUUUGGUAAGCUUCUUGAAGCAAAUGUCAUCACAGACAGGGCCUCUGGAAGGUCAAAGGGGUUUGGCUUUGUAAGAUAUGCAACUAUAGAAGAAGCAGAGAAGGCUCGAGAAGGGAUGAAUGCCAAAUUCUUGGAUGGGUGGGUUAUUUUUGUUGAUCCUGCUAAACCAAGAGGGCCAAGGUCACCACGUAAGCCAGAAUCGGAGCCUUCAGAAACUGGUUUCAGGAUAAACAAAACAAUUGGAUGGUGCGGGUGAUUCUAUUCGUUGGAAGAAUUAUUUCUUGGAUUGUUUGGUUAGAAACACUUUGUUUGGAUGGUGGAUGAAAUGAAAAUCAAUGGAAGAAUCUCUUUUUUGUGAUCCUUGUUUUUACCUUUACCAUUAAUUGCUAUAGCUGCACUUGAUGUGGAACUGUGUAUUUGCAUCUUUCUUCGUGAAUUUUAAUAUUAAUAAAAGGGAAA